GCCAUGACAACCAUGCAAGGAACGGAACAGACCACACCAGGGGCUGGCCCUGGUGUGUACCAGCCAGGACAGCAGGCUGCUCUAAAUGCACAUCUGUGGAAAGGGAUGCCAGAGAAGUUCUUGCAGGGGGAACCAAAAGUCCUCGGGGCUGUGCAGAUCCUGAUUGCCCUGAUGAACUUCAGCUUCGGAAUAAUAAUGAUUAGUGUCACGAUGUCAUACUCUGGAGGUUAUUAUUUCCGACCCUUAUCAGUGUACUCAGGGUACACAAUUUGGGGGUCGCUUCUGUUUAUUAUUUCAGGUUCCUUGUCAAUUGUAGCAGAAACUAGAACUACAAGAUGUCUGGUCCUAGGUAGCCUAGGAGCGAAUAUCACCAGCUCUGUCUUUGCUGCAGCAGGGAUCUUAAUCACUAUGAUCAGCAUGAUUUUUUUCUCACACAUUUACCCUCACUGUCACCAUGUUCCGGGGGAUGAGAAUUGUUUCAGGAUUGUAACUGUGUUAACGGGUAUGGAUGGUAUAGUGCUGAUUUUAAGUGUGCUGGAGAUCUGCAUUGCUGUGUCCCUCUCUAUCUUUGGAUUCAAAGUAACCUAUUAUAAUCGUGGUCGGGUUGUGUUCACUCAGCCGUCAAAUCCUGAUAUGGCAGAAACAGCAUCUCCUGCACCAGUCACAUGAGGUUUGAUGCCACCAGCAUAUCAACAGCAAAAUGUUCCA